AUGACAUAUGCUCACGACGUCCUCCGGCCUGAUAUCAAAGCAUACUCGAUAGAUCCACCACAAGGCGCUUACAAUCUACAUCUCAGCAUGUCAGUCCAGAAAUCGGCGGGCAGUGUCCCGCCGCCGCCGAAAUGGGUGGUUGACUUGAACAACGGUCUUCCUCCAAAGUCAAAGAAUGCUUCUAGCAUCACAAAUCCACCAGGUUAUGGCUCAUCACAGUCCAUGUCGACCAAGCAGAAAUCGCAAGCAGUCGCGCGAAAGCCUCCGACGCCGGAAGAGAUGAACACGUUGAAGAUCAAGAAGGCAUGGGAGAUAGCGCUGGGACCCGCGAAACAGAUACCGAUGCAAGCGAUCAUGAUGUACAUGUCCGGCAACACUCUACAGAUCUUCUCGAUCUUCAUGGUCUACAACCUCUUCAAGAGUCCCAUCCAAGGGCUGACGCAAACCAACACGGUCUUCUCGAAAUUCGAAAGCGCAGGAACAUAUGGUCAGAUGCUCGGCAUCAGAGCGGCUUAUGUGAUAAUGCAGCUGUUGCUGUUGUGCCUGGGCAUUUACAAGGUGAAUUCGAUGGGUCUACUGCCGACGACAAGGAGUGACUGGUUGGCAUGGGAAACAGAACGGCAACCUUUGGAAAGAGCAUAUUUCGCUUUUUGA